GGGCCCUUUAUACGUCCAGCUGUCCUUUGUCAACAACAAAUUGUCGCUGUUUUCAUGUUGAAUAUAUGCUAUAUGGUAAUUUAUGGACCUAAUAGGUAUCUAAAGCCCUUUGCACAUAACAAAAUACAGUGGUACCUCGGGUUAAGAACUUAAUUCGUUCCAGAGGUCCGUUCUUAACCUGAAACUGUUCUUAACCUGAGGUACCACUUUAACUAAUGGGGCCUCCUGCUGUCGCCACGCGAUUUCUGUUCUCAUCCUGAAGCAAAGUUCUUAUUCCAAGGUACUAUUUCUGGGUUAGCAGAGUCAGUAACCUGAAGCGUCUGCAACCCGAGGUACCACUGUAUGUAUUUUAUCAAAGUACAUCCACUUUUUUCUUUUAAAAAAAAUUUGGGGCCCCAAGAGAGUGGGGCCCUAAACUACAGCUUGUUUAGUUUAUACGUAUAUCCAGCACUGUCCUGUCAGAGGAGCGGGUGGUAUUUGAAAAGGUUGCCUUUCACACGGGGACAAGGGAGCCAGAAACUCAAAACUCUUUUCUUGCAAGGAAAGGAGAUGCCAAUCAUCUUUGCUCUCCCUGCCUCUUUAAGAGCCUGGGGACUGAUGCGCCUUGAUUUGGCCCAGCCCUUCCUUCUCCUGAGCCAUCUCCAGCAGCUUCAGCCUUUUUUUUGGCCCUGGGUUUCACUUUCUUUUCCUCUGGGCUUUGUAAGGGGCGCUUCUGCCGCGCGCCAUGGCUUCUCCAGACUCGCAAAGGCUGGAGGAGAAGCUGACGUGCUGCAUUUGCCUGGAUACGUUUAACACCCCGGUGACGGUGCCCUGCGGGCACAGCUUCUGCGAGAAGUGCAUCUGCGACCACUGGGACGGAGAGGAGGGCAAAGGGCCCGCCGCCGCGGGCUACACUUGCCCCUCGUGCCGCAAGAGCUUCCCGGAGAGGCCGGAGCUCAGCAAGACCGUCCUGCUCGACAGUCUGGUGGAGCUGCUCCACAAGCAGGAAGAUGGCGGGCCGGCUUCCCGGACGGAGCAGGCGGCUGCUGCUCGGGAAAGGAAGUGCCCCAGGCACGGCCGGCCCUUGGAGCUGUACUGCCGGACGGAGAAGCGGGGCAUCUGCUGCGUGUGCACGCUCAAGGAGUGCCAGCAGCACGGCAAGGCCCUCGCCGAGGACGAGCGGAAAGCCAAAGAAGUAAGCAGGGAGCGGGGCAGAAGCAUUUCCGGAGCCGGCCACUUGGGGCCAUGGCAACAUAACAUAUACAGUGGUACCUCGGGUUAAGUACUUACCGGUAAUUCGUUCCAGAGGUCCGUUCUUAACCUGAAACUGUUCUUAACCUGAGACAUCACUUUAGCUAAUGGGGCCUCCUGCUGCCGCCGCCGCGCCGCUGCCACACGAUUUCUGUUCUCAUCCUGAAGCAAAGUUCUUAACCCAAGGUACUAUUUCUGGGUUAGCGGAGUCUGUAACCUGAAGCGUAUGUAACCUGAGGUACCACUGUACGUACACAGUACAAACUCCUGUGAUCUUGGGCAUCUCUCUUUUUUUAUAUGCAGUGGUACCUCGGGUUACAUACGCUUCAGGUUACAGACUCCACUAACCCAGAAAUAGUGCUUCAGGUUAAGAACUUUGCUUCAGGAUGAGAACAGAAAAUGUGCUCCAGUGGCACGGCGGCAGCAGGAGGCCACAUUAGCGAAAGUGGUGCUUCAGGUUAAGAACAGUUUCAGGUUAAGAAUGGACCUCCAGAACGAAUUAAGUACUUAACCCGAGGUACCACUGUACUAUAUAUAUACAUUUUAUUAGUUUUUUUAACAUAUCAUUUUCAACAGUAAUUAAACAUACUUUUACAUCUUAUUCAAAUUUUUGACUUUCGUCAAUCCCGUCUGAAAAUUUUCCAAUCUAAUCUCUCAGUAUGCAUUUCUUAUCUUCCCUAUUACAUUUCAAACUCAUAACCAAUAUCUCUAUCUUUUUCUACUUUGUAACACUUUGUAUAUUUCUCCUUACAAACUUCUUGUAGUCCUACUAGCGUAAUUUGUUGAUUACAGUUGCUCUUCAAAUGAUUCAUAUACUUCUUCCAAUCUUCUGUAAAUCUCUGGUCCCACAGGUUUCGAAUCCUUCCUGUCAUUUUGUCCAAUUCUGCAUAGUCCAUUAAUUUUGUCUGCCGAUCUUGGGCAUCUCUCACUCUGCACGGGACCAGGCUGUUGAUGGACGGGUGUCAUGCUGGCCAAAGGAGCCUUCGGGCAUCCCAUUUUAAAAUUAAGCAUUCCCUCUGGUGCAUUAGUUAUUUGGGAUUGUGGGACAUGUCCCUGCACAUUGUAGUUGUUGUGGUGCGCACCUUACUCUUAAAGGAUUUAUGUUUUGGGGGGCAGAACACUCACCUGUCAUCAUCCUCUGUCUCAGAUUUGGAAUGAAAUGUCUCAACAACAGUUGUUUUAAAUAAUGAUGAUGAUUAAUUAAUAAUAAUUUAUUAUUUAUACCCCGCCCAUAUGUCCGAGUCUACUCAGCCACUCUGGGCGGCUCCCAACAGAAUAUUAAAAACAUGAUAAAGCAUCAAACAUUAAAAACUUCCCUAAACAGGGCUGCCUUCAGAAAUUACUUUCUUUUGAAAAACCAGUCAAAAUCCUUCUACAAUUUCUACUUUUAGUUAAGUAUUUUUAUUUAUUUACUCGAUUUAACUGCCUCCCACCCCCGGCUAUGCCCACUGGUGACGCAGAGACAGCCUAGGUUGUGUAUAUUGCUCUAAUCUCAGCUUUGCUGCAGUGGAUAAAUUUUCACUUGCUGAAUGUCUGCCUGAUUGACUCACGACUCUUCUCAGAUACCAAAUGCUUUAUAAUAAUGGGUUUGAUGCAGUAAGGCCUUUAUCUCCACUGUAGCCUAAGAUUUAAUUCAUUCCAUAUGAAGGAUGGCCGGACAUUAACUCUUGGUGCUGCCACCAAGCUACAUUUCCUCAACUUCUGUAGGAGAAGCCAUGAAAGUUAUAAAGCAGGUAUCACUUGCCGUACAGUGGUACCUCAUGUUAAGAACUUAAUUCAUUCUGGAGGUCUGUUCUUAACCUGAAACUGUUCUUAACCUGAGACAUCACUUUAGCUAAUGGGGCCUCCUGCUGCCGCUGCGCCGCUGCCACACGAUUUCUGUUCUCAUCCUGAAGCAAAGUUCUUAACCCAAGGUACUAUUUCUGGGUUAGCGGAGUCUGUAACCUGAAGUGUCUGUAACCUAAAGUGUCUGUAACCCAAGGUACCACUGUAUAGAUAUGAAACAUUUUAAGGCUAGCUAGGGCAUAACGACUUUGCUGUAACAAUACCAAGCAAGAAUCCUUUGCUUGAAUAUACACUGGAAGACAUUGCUAGACCCAAAUCAUAGCCUAUGGGCUUUCGUGUGGUGAGGCAGUUCAGCACUGCUCAAUACAAACGUAACGGUUUGGAUUAGUCUGGACAUCAUGGUCCUUUCUUACAUCCUCAGUGAGUUACCACUUCCUAUAACUUGGCUACCUUGAUGCCUACACUGAUUACCUUCAAUCUAAUAGGGUGUUAUAUUAACAGAACUCUGGAGUCUUUCCAAAGGGAUGAAUGAAUCUUGGAGGAUUCAUCUGGGGAAAUCUGCCGCCCGUCUUGGGAAGGUGAAAUGCAGGGGCCGGGUGUGGCUAGGUGAGAUUGAAGUGCUUGCCUGUUAAAUUAUUUUGAACUCUUUGGCAGGAGUCCGUAAGAGCAACCCUGGAGAAAACUCGAAAGGAGGCAGAGCCUAUCAGAGAAGCAAUUCAGAAACUGGAGCAGCGGAUAGACAACAUCAAGGUAAGGAAUCCACAGAGAGCAUCAUAAUGACAAAAGUGCCUCCCAUGGGAAGUGCUUUCUCUCCAUUGACCCCAUUUGGUACCCAUCAUGGCUAAAACUCCAGUUACCGAAUGAGCAAGUGGGCCUUCUGCAUUUGUGUCCCUUUCCUAACAGCUCGGACCUGUAGUGAAUUCUUUGUCAACCUGGUGCCCUCCAGAUGUUCUGGAUUACAACUCCCAUCAGCCCCUGCUAGCCAGUCAAGGAUCACAGUCUCUCUUUUUGCCUGCCUCCCAACAUUUUAUUUUCUUAUUUCCAUUAAGAGGGACACCUAGUACCCAACAGAAUGCAGAGCAGCAAGGGAAAUAGAGGCAGCUACAGUGGAAACAACUGUAUUUUGUUGCCCUUCCUUUUUCAUCCAGGGUUCCUCGGAGAAGUUAAAAUCUGGAGUUGUGCAGAAGUUCGCUUCUCUUGUGGAAGCCUUGAAGGAAUGCCAGAGGAAGACAGUGGAGAAGAUUGAAAGAGAGCAAGAUGCUGCGCUUGGCAAAAUGCAAGAGAACUUGGACCAGCUGAAGCGCCAACUGGAUGGGCUUACCCAGCGCAACGAGAAGGCAGAAGAGCUGCUCGCUUGUACUGAUGAUAUGACGUUUCUGGAGGUAUGUAAUGUGUAUACUGAUGGCAUUUGGGCCAGAUCUUUAUAUCCCCACUCCCAGGGGACAGCUUUAAUAGGUGGGUGGUCCUGUCAACUUGUUAAAGUUGGUUCAUGGAUGAGAGAUAGUGACCAUGAAGGACUGAACUCCAAGUAAUUCAAUCCUGCUUUCUGAAGGGAUCGGCUGUGCCAGUGAGUUCUUACAUAGCCAAACCAAGCAGGAUUGAACUCCCCGCCCUUCAAUCUCUAUGUGCCCCACACCUAUGGUUUGGGGAAAUGUCCUGGAAGGCGAAACGGGGAGAACCGGUGGGCCAAAUGUGGCCAGCAAGCCAGAGGCUCCCCACCCCUAAAAUAAACCAUAGCUUAGUAUUACAGAGUGGGAGUUGCUGCCUGUUCUGCUCCCCAUUCCUGGCAGCUGACAAGCUCUUAACUGGAAGGUAUCUUGAAUAUCAUAACUAAGCCUCUGAACCUUGGCAACCAUUGGCAUGCAGGAGUUCUGUGUUUAUUUAAUUCUUAACAGUGAUAUGCUUUGAAUGCAAAGAUAGUCCCAGACCCUCAGAAGUUCUUGAAGUGUGGAAGUCCUGCCAUACACCAGUGUGGCUACAAAUGCUUAUCCUUAAAAGUUUACUGUGAAGUGGGGAUUCCCCCCCCCCCCAGCAUUGCACUGCAUCGUAAGCUAAGAGAGCAGUGGUAUGUUUCACACCAUGUGUACAGCAUGCAACUGAGAUUAGAAAAGAGUGUAGGCUCUUUGACCUUUCUGUGGGACUCUUCAUAAUUAUAAGCGCUUUUCUAGCCUUCUCAGCUAGGAGACAGAGAGAGGAGAAAUAGGAUUAGCUAGGCCUAAUGGUCAGCAAGUUGAGACAAUUGGAAAAUAAUUUGGCUGCCAACUCCAGAGCAGAGCUUAGAAUGUGAAUCACCCACCAUGCCAGAGGGGGGAAUGUCUGAAGUUGAACUGUCUGGGGGGGAAUUCCAUUGAUGGGGCCCUCGGUCUUCAGAGAGACAGGCAAGUCAUGCAGUGAGAGGGGCUUAUUGUAGCAAAAUGGCUUUGCCCAAAUGGUUACUCACAGCAACAUUUUAUAGCCGCCAGCAGCAGCAGCAGGGAAUUGUGUGGUUUUCUCAUCAGAAGGCUGCUGUGCCAUUGUCCUCCUUUCUAUUCUGAAAUUUUUUUACGAGCUGAACAGUCUCAGAUUGGCAAGAAUGCCCUGGCACACCACUGCCUUCCAAUAUAUAAUGAAUACACUUGCUUUUACAGUGGUACCUCAGGUUAAGUACUUAAUUCGUUCUGGAGGUCUGUUCUUAACCUGAAACUGUUCUUAACCUGAAGCACCACUUUAGCUAAUGGGGCCUCCUGCUGGUGCUGCCGCCGCGCCGCCAGAACACGAUUUCUGUUGUUAUCCUGAAGCAAAGUUCUUAACCCAAGGUACUACUUCUGGGUUAGCGGAGUCUGUAACCUGAAGCGUAUAUAACCUGAAGCGUAUGUAACCCGAGGUACCACUGUAGUUCGCUUUUAUUUUAAACUGUUUUUCAACAUAGUGCUCAAAGUGGCGUCACAAAAGGGACCCACCAACGUGCUCUUGGCACGUUUGGAUUUCUGAGCAAGUGCUAUGGGGACCACUAAGGCAGGCAAAGGAGGGGAAGAAGUGGGGAGGGGAGCAUGUGUCCUGCUUUAUAGCUACCUCUGCUUGAAGGGCUGGCUGGUCCAAGUCCAGUUUAGAGAUAAGAAACCACAAUGAAGGGAGAGGCAGGGGCUUGGAAGUUGCAUCUGGACAGAAAACUGAGCAGGGACACAGGUCACGCUAUUAAGGUCUUCCCAAUUUAUUUUUAUUUCAAUGAAUUGCAAUUUUGUCCAAAUGUGCAUAUAUUAACAUAUUUUAUGCAAAUUUGUGUUAGUUUGUUCCCUUCUUUGGCGAUGCAUUUCCUCCUGCUUGGCAAUAUGUAAGUGGCCACCGUAGAGUACCAAACUAAAGAAUUCCAGGAUCGACCCAGUUCACUUAAAUAAGCUGAAGUUAAGCUCCAUUCAUGUACGUCAACAGUCAAACUUUGUGAUUCCUACAUUUCCUGUUCCUUGUAGGAACUGCAUCAUCUUCCUCCUCUUGGCAACUUAGAAGUUAUUCCACCUGUUGAGUUUGAUUUGGCCAGCAAUGUGGAUGCUGUCACUGAACUCUUCACUGAGGUUUCCAGGCUUUUGCAAGAGGCUCAGUCAAAUUCCUUGAGUCCACCAAUGACUGAAACAAAAGGUACCGUAUUUUUCAUCCUAUAGGGCGCACCGGCCCAUAGGACGCACCUCGUUUUUUUGGGGGGGGGGAUGAAAAAAAGAAUUUAUUCCCCCCCCCCCGCCGCGGCUGCCGCCCCAAGCCUUGCGCACACCUGCCCGAAGCACGGGGAGCCCUCCGGAGGGCUCCCUGUGCUUUGGGUGACAGGCUGCCGCCCCAAGCCUCGCACACCCGGUGGGACCUCCUGCCGGGCGCGCAAGGCUUGCAGACACUCGCCCGAAGCACGGGGAGCCCUCCGGAGGGCUCCCCAUACUUCGGGCGACAGGCUGCCACCCCAAGCCUCGCGCGCCCGGCGGGACCUCCUGCCGGGAGCGCAAGGCUUGCGGACACUCGCCGGGGCUGCAGGCUGCUGCCGGCAAGCCUUGUGAGCCCGCGGGAACUCCCACCGGGCUUGCAAGGCUUGCGGAUAGCUUCCUGAAGCCUAGAGAGCGAGAGGGGUCGGUGCGCACCGAUGCCUCUCGCUCUCCAGGCUUCAGCGAAAGCCUGCAUUCGCCCCAUAGGACGCACACACAUUUCCCCUUCAUUUUUGGAGGGGAAAAAGUGCGUCCUAUGGGGCGAAAAAUACGGUAAUCAUUCAGCUGUUUUAUGGAGUGGUGAAAAAUUCAAGAUCACUUGUGGAAAGUCAGUUGGUCAGUUUUCUUUCUAAUAAAGGUAGCUGGAGGUUUAAGUGCUACAGUAAAGUGGGGGAAAGUAUUUAUUUUGAUAGAUUUCCAUAUUGAAGAGGAAUAGUAGGGCAAUGACAGUGCUUAGUUUUCUGAAAGAAAGAUUAGAUUUGUACUGCCAGAAUUACCCCAAUUUUCUCUGUAGUCGUCCACAAAACUUUGACCUCCUCAGAGAGACUUUUUAAAUCUUAUAAAGUCCUUUGUUCCCAAAUGUUUUCCUAGGAAAGUAGGAUCCAGUUCAGAUGUAAUCAUGACAAACCACAGUUUGUCAUUACAAGGACAAGCUACAGCAAGCCUGAGGCUCAUUUGCUUCCUCCUCCACUUCCCAGCCUUCUCUGACCAUAAGAGGAGGAGAUUAGAAGUGUCUGCUUCUAGUUGUAAAAAGUGCAGGAAAUUGUGGUUUUGUUCUCAAAUCAGGAUUCAAAGCCAUUCUUUGAUUCUGUCUUCAGAUCCUGGUUUGAGAACAAGCUGCAGUUGCGCAAACCGCAGUUUCCCACAUUUGGAUGAAAAGGCAAACUGAAGCUUGUUGCAAACUGAAAUUCUGAACUGGGCCAGAACAUGUGGCCUUUAUCUGGAUUUCACCUACUCAUUUCAGCUCCUGACCUGGAGGCAACCCUUUAUAAUGGGCCUGGGCAAGGUGAGCAGCACGAUACCAAGGAGGGCGGGGAGCAGAAGGGGGUGGCAGUGAGAGCACCCCAUUCAUCAUUGGUUUGGGCCCACCAUUGGCUCCAGCCCUGCCCACCAGUGGCAUGCAGCCCCCCAACAGAUUGCCCCCAAAGGAAUCUUGCCCUCAAAGGAGAAAACCCUUCCUUUUGCACCUACAUGACACCAAACAACUCAUACACAGCAGUCCACAAGUGUGGUCUUUUGUGAUGCAUUAGGAUGAGAAUUGUAAAGCUUGUUGCACACAGAAAAGUGAUUUUAGAAACUUUAAUAAUUUGAUCAUACAUCAGAGAGUAUUUAUGCUUUGUCUUGUUUCAGACCAUGAGAGAUUAUGCCUUGGGAGCACCUAAGUGUCUGGUUAUUAUGAAGAAAAAUAUAACACUGUGGGAUGCCUUUAAGUACACUGCUUCUGCUUCUCCUUUUUAAAGAGAAAUAUUUUAAAAUAUAUCCAAAGGCCAGCUUUGAACCUUGCUGCCUGUGUAUCUUGUGCUCACCCCUCCCGAAAAGGCUCCCCCAACCCACUGCCGAGUCUUGACUUGUCUACCAUUUUGAAAUCGUUGUUUUUAAGGCAAAUGAGUUUCCUUCCUGCUUUUAAGUUUUCCUUGCUUAUCUCUCACUCUACAGUCUCACCGGAGCCAAAGGUAAUCGUGAGAAGGGCUGGACCGUGCCUUCCAGACAAUGAGUUAAGAAUGUCUUUUUUGAAAGGUAAGUGACUUUCUGGGCUGCACGCAGUUACUUAAAAAAAGGAAGUAGGGUCACAAGUGCAUAAAUAUAUUCAGAGCUGCUUCCUUUGGGUCCUCUGUCAGAAUCAUAAAUUUAUUUCUUUGUGUGUGCGUGUUCUGUUGGUUAUAAUAAUAUUCCUGGUGGUGGUUGACCUGGGGCGGGUGAGGAAUUCUCGCAUAAACAAGUCUAUUCAUAUGAACAGCAUAGCAUGGAAGUUGCAAAGUCACACAAGAAUGUAGCUCCUCUUCCCUUCCACUUAUGGGGUGGAAUUCAAACUAGCGCUGAGGAGAUCACUUGUCAGUGCAAGCAUUUUUGCUUGCCUGUUGGAAUGAUUUCUCCUCUCCUGUGCACUGUUGUGGGGGUUCUCCUACCCUUACCCCGAGCUGAUUGAGGAGGGCACACAGCGCUAGUGGGGCUCAAUGUGCUGGCUCCCACUACAGCACCUAUAAAGUUUAAGGCAGUCCAUGAUUUUUGUUUUUCAUGCAAAGGAAUCAAUGUUGCAAGAGUUUGCUGCUCCCACAUUACACUGCUCAUGCAAGUAAGCAUUGCCCACAUCAGUAGUCCUUUAAAAAAAGAAGAAGCAUAAGUUGGCCCUGGUGUGCCUUCAGAUCCAGGAGUUCAAAAAGCUUCGCAAAACUGUGGAGCCAUAUUGGAAGCAGCCAAUGGAGACCUAUAAGUUCUGCAUUUUAUUCUCACUGUCUCCCACACACCUGUGGAGGAGGCGGUGACCAAGUUCCCCAACUCUGCUUUUGGGGGCAGCUGGGUUCCCUGUUAAGAUUUCUAGGAUCCUCCUUGUUCAAGAGAAGCUUCUUGCACUUAGAUUAGCAGGAAACCAGGAAGCUAUGGAGCAGAUGUUCACUUUAAUCACAAAGAACACAAUUUAUCUCUGAAACUAAUACAGUGGUACCUCAGGAUGCAAAUGGGAUCCGUUCCGGAGCCCCAUUCGCAUCCUGAAGUGAAUGCAACCCGCGACUAUGCAUCUGUGUGUGCACGGGUCGCGAUUCGCCGCUUCCGCGCAUGCUCGUGACAUCAUUUUGAGCGUCUGCACAUGCGCGAGCGGUGAAACCUGGAAGUAACACGCUCUGUUACUUCUGGGUCGCCGCGGAGCGCAACCCAAAAAGGCUUAACCUGAAGGGACUUAACCCGAGGUAUGACUGUAAAUGGAACAGCUCCUGUUUUCUGACACGGGUGGAACAUGGAUCAAAGAGAAAGCACUUAGGACUAGUAACUACCGCAAACAGUUAGUAACUCCUUUCAGAAAUCUGUGGACCAGAGCCAAUGGACAAGGUACAAGCUUUUGUAUAUACUUGCACAUAAUGCCUGUGUACUUUCCCUGCCCAGGCUUCUGGUUUGCAUCCCUGAGGGAAAUAAUUAUUCCAUUAACCUUAUUUAGGCAGAAGGCUGAUCAAAGGGAAUCUUGCAUUGCUGACAACAACUGACACCCCUCAUAGGCACCCUGGCAAUGAGCAGGGAUUUCUCAUAGGCCAUUGUGAGCAAAAAGUGAUGUUUAAAUAAAGCAGAGCCUGCCAUCCUAGAGAUCUUGCUCCAAACAAAAUGGAAGGCACCCACUUCCCUUGGCUUUUAUUUGACGCCUCUAAAGCCAACUUCCACUCUCAAGUGCACACUGAUACUUUCUCCUUGCUGCUUUGGUUAAAUGCCCUGCAAUACUAAAAAGUUGGUAUUUUGUUCUUAGAACAGAGUUGACAAUAGAUUAGCUCUGAUAGGAGAGAACAACAGAAGAAAUUGCCAAAAUGCCACUUCAGUAAAGCCGUGGCAUGCCUGAUAUUAGGGAUGGGGGGGGAGAGACUUCCGGAUCAGCGCCAUCGGUGAAUGGCGGAGUUCCUCCAUCUGGAGGAACGGGCUCCGUGGAAACUGGGUCUUCCUGCCGCGGCGAAGGUGGGGACCCGCUAGAAAUCUCAGGCGGAGGAAGCCUGGGAACGUGGGGUUCGGCAGGGCACCAGGAGCGCUCCCCUACUCACAGGGAAUCCCAUUUAGUGGCUCCGGAGCGAAGUGGGGUGAGAACUGACUGCUACUUUCACGGAGUGAAGCCGCACAGCCAUUGCCGGAGAGCACUGACUUUUUCCUGUGGACAAUUGGAUUUAAAACAAGUACCCGUGAGUAGAAAUGGAAAAUUGGAUCAAGAAAUCUCUUAAUUUGGUAAUGAAGCGGGAAGGUUCAAAACAGGAAGUCUGCCUUCUGCUUUUUGUAUAUAGACUAAAGCAAAAACUUUGUAAGCUAAAGCCUGGAAAGCUGUCAAAAAAGUCUAAAUUUUCUUCAUUUAGAAUCACUGAAACCCCCUUGGAAGCAGGAGAAAAGGGGGAAACUUUGUUCAACCCUAGCAGGAGAGGGAGUGAAGAAGGAUAAGUUUCCACCGUCUCUAACUUGGGAACGGGGUGUCAGAGACAGAAAUUGUUGGAGAGGUUCAUUGACUGUGAAUGGGAUAUUUUGACAGAUAGCUAAAGAAGAGAAACAAGCUGAUUCCAAUGUUGCCUUUUGCAUCCUAAAGAAACAAAAUAUCUGAAAAAUAUCUGAGAAACGAAAGUAAUUUUCCUUUGUUGGACUUUCCUAAAAAAAUAUGGAUACAAAUAGAAAUUGCCUCCUCUAGAGGGAGCUUGUCAAAUUGUUGCUACAGUACACUUGAGGGCUCAACAGAUGUGAGAUUAAGACCGUGGGAACAGGCUUUUCUGACCUUGACUAAAGAUGAGUUGGAAAGAAGACUGGGUGCUUGCCUUAUGUAAGACAAGUGCCCUGCUGGAACAGAUGCAUGAGAAGAUGGACUUGAUGAAUGAGAAAAUGGAUUUGACUGUUGCAGUUAAUAACUCUGGGCAAACAGGGAAUAUUGAUACAGAAAUUAUCCAGGGACCAACUCAUGAAUCUGUACUGACUGGGCAUGUGCAGAAGAUAAUGGAGGAGGAAGCGGUCGCACCCCAAAUAAUACAAAUGGAGAGUCCCGAGGCCCUACAGGAGUAUGAGCCGCUGUCAUUGAAGAUUGAAGUUGGAGUGGGCCAGGGGGAGUCUGGAGUUGAGGAGGUUCCCAACGUUGGAGAGACCUUGGAAUAUGCUUUUAAAUACUUUUUGGACUAUAUUGAGGAUUGUGGGGAGUGGGACUGUGGGGAAUGGGCAGGUUUGAUGAAGGGAGAUGGAGACAAUUCUGGCUUGGAACCCCCCAGAGGCCUACCCCUCAAUGAGAAAGGAAAGAAAUUAAGAAAGAGACCAACAAAAGACAAGGAAAAAGGCAAGUAUAAACAAGAAGAAGAAGAACUGCAGAAGGGACAUGGAAGAGACUUAAGGGCCUCGGACAUAAGGCUUCCAGGUUGAUGGACUAGAUGGAAUGGACAGUAAGGACUGACACGAUCUGAGACCAGGAAGAAGGGACGUUGGAUGAAGAUUGGAAGAAAAUUUAUAAAGAAAAUUUUCUAAUUGGGGAAUUGGCUAAAAAUUAAUGAAUGUUAGGGAAAAUGUUGGAAUGAAACUAUAUGACUUUAGCAGAAAUGAUAUCAGGAGUAAUGUAUAUUUGAUAACUAAGAUUCAAGCUUUAAGGUGUUUUAGGGUAAGAUAAGGUUAAAUUAAUUAAGGUAAUGUGAAUAAUAGAAUAUGAGGAAAGAUGGAAAGGAUUUGUUGAGUUAAUUAUUAGAUUAAAUUAGGUUAGGAUGAAUUUUUUAACAAAAAUUGAGAAAGAUGGAAAGAAUUUGCUGAAAUAGAUAAUUAAACUAGAAUACAAAAAGGGAGGUGUGAGGAAGUCAAUGAAACAAGCAAAUGGAAGUUUUAGAUAUGUAAGUUGGGAUUUGUGUUGGUUUUCUUUUUUCUUUUUAUCUUUUUGUUGUAUUGUUGUAUUGGUUUUUGUGUUUUUUCUUUUCUUUUUGUCUAUUAUAGUGUUGUUUUUUAAUGGUUUUUUAAUGUUUUUCUUCUUAUAAUUCUGAAAACUAUUAAUAAAUAUUAUUUUUUUUUAAAAAAGAUAUUAGGGAUGGGGGACCUUUUUCUCUAACUGAAGAGGAAUUAGCCAGUUAAAAAUAGGUUAAAGACACUUGGGUGUUUUUUCUCCCACCUGACUUUGAUACCUUUGUCACUCCUGCAGAUCAGCAGAAUUUGACCUUUGAUCCAACUACAGCUAACCAAUACAUGCAGUUGUCCGAUGAGAACCGGAAAUGCCAUCACUCUCAACGUAUUCCGGGGUCAAGGCCAAAAGACCCACAGAGGUUUGAGCCGUGGCAAGUCAUGUGUGCCCAGAACUUCAGCCAGGGCAGCUGCUACUGGGAAGUCAAGUUAUCUGGCCACUCUGUCAUCAUUGGCGUGGCUUAUGGAAGGUUCCCCAGGAAGAAGCGGGCUGGCCGCACAUUCACCAUUGGGCUGGAUAAACUCUCCUGGGGCCUGCACGUCCAGGAAGACUGCUAUAUGGCUUGGCACAAUGCCGAGUGCAUUAAGAUAAAAAAGCACGUGUGCAAAUUCAUUGGAGUGUGGUUGGAUUGCAACCAGGGAGUGCUAUCCUUUUAUGGCGUGGAUGACAACAUGACACUUCUCCACACUUUCAACACGAUCUUCACAGAGCCCCUUUUCCCAAUCUUCUGGCUUUGUGAAGGCAUAGCUGUGACCCUCUGCCAAAAGCCACAGGGCAAAGUUCGAACUGAUGGGGUGCCUCCUGUCUUGCAAGCAGCUGCUGCUGCUGCUGCCACCAGCACAGUGAACGAACUGCCAGCUGAGGAGAUGGCUCUGAAACAAGGAGAGCAACUCUCCUGAGAUCUCAAGGUACUUUGUACUCAUCUUCCCCAGGGAGAUGCAAGUCCCCAUUUCUCAUCUCAAGGUGGGACAAGUGUGCAAGAGGGAUUAAAAUUUGGGGAAGAUGAUUAGGGCACUGAACUCCGACUGUCCUGGCCACUCAUUGCUUAGUGUGCUGUGCAUCCUGGUGAAGAAUGCGGCUUUCUGACAAUCUCAUCUUAUUAAAAGCUAAGCAGGAAAUGAAGAGGAAAAGGAAAACAGAGUAAACAAAGUUUGUCAUAUUUCAGCCUACUUAAGCAAUUAUUAGGGGGCAGGGGGAAUGACUGGAGGUAGACAGAACUAAAUUGGUUUUUUAAAAAAAGUAAUUAAAAAAUUUUUAAAUGGCACAGUAGGGACUGAUAACUUCACCUUGGGACAUAUUAAUUUUCAGAGUCGGCUUACCUCGAAACAUUAAAUUCUCCACUACGUAUGUACUGCGUAUGUGUAGCUUUUCAUACAAGGAAACUGAACUCUUUGGUUCAGAGAGGUUGCACUAUUUUAUGGUGUGAGUUUAAAUUAUGAUGGAAGGAGUUCUAUUUUACUUCUCUGUGCAGGCUCAACAUGUCAUAACUGCUCAUGUGUUUGUUGCCACUUUCUCAUCAGCAGAUUAUGGUGGGAAUGAAAACUUGCCAAGUUGGUUCCUGUUUUAUUGUUCAGCUUUUAAAAAAAGUUUUAUUGAGAAAUAAAGCUUUCUAAGCAAAAAGUAAAAAUAA